AGCGAGCAGAGAGGAGAGGGGAUUGCAUUGACAAAGAUAAAAUAACCAACUAUUUCUUUCCUGUUAGCUUUUUUUCUUUUUUAAUUAAAGUGCUCAGGUGCGCUCAUCUGCACCAGCUGGGAUUUUUCCAGCAUUUGUUUUUCAACCUGACAAGUCUGAGAAGAAGGAAAGAAGAAGUGCGUUUUUAAUCGUUUGGAUUCCGGACUUCUUUACUGACUUUUCCUUUUUUUGCGUCAAGCAUGGAUGUGUUGGCGAAUUACAGUAUUUUCCAGGAACUCCAACUCGUUCAUGACACUGGUUAUUUCUCUGCGAUGCCUUCCCUGGAGGAGAACUGGCAGCAGACGUGUCUAGAGUUGGAGCGAUAUCUACAGACGGAGCCCAAGCGACUCUCGGAGCUCUUUGAUGAUGAGCUGGACUGUCUCUUAAUGCCAACCUUCAUGCAGGGUGGCGACAGUGAUGAGGACCUGAUGGACCCGCUCCUCUCCAGCCUCCCUGACCAGCCCAGCCCGCCUCCAGUACCGGUAACUCCCCCCAAGGUCCAGGCCAAAAUCCUCCAUGUGGCCAACCCCAGCAAGACCCAAGCCGAGGCAGGAACUGAAACUCUCACACCAAAGGACCAAGUCCUGGCAGGAGUCAGUGCCGCACAGCUCAGCGCCGCGGUUACUUCCCUAACACCACCAUCGUCUCCAGAGCUCGGCCGCCACCUCAUCAAACCCACACAAACACUGACUGCGACGGCAGACGGUACACUAACGCUCAAAUUUGUGGCGAAGAAGGUAGGGUUAGGAGCAGCUAAACUGGUGGCAGCACGAGCGUUACCAUCGCCGCCGAGCCGAGGAGGAGCCCUCAGUGACAGCGAGCAGGGAGGAGGAGGAAGUCUGGGAGGAGACAUACCAGAGAACAAAAAGAGAGUCCACCGGUGCCAGUUUAAUGGCUGCAGGAAGGUUUACACCAAGAGCUCCCAUCUGAAGGCACAUCAGAGGACUCACACAGGUGAGAAGCCCUAUAAGUGCUCAUGGGAGGGCUGUGAAUGGCGUUUUGCCCGCAGUGACGAGUUGACACGACACUACCGUAAACACACCGGAGCGAAGCCAUUCAAGUGCAACCACUGCGACAGGUGUUUCUCUCGGUCGGACCACCUGGCCCUGCACAUGAAGAGGCACAUCUGAGGGCAAAAAGAAAAGGAGUGGGAGAGGGGAAGAAGCAAGAGGAGGAGGAGAGAUAGGAGGAGAGAGGGAUGGGCAAUGGAGCUACCAACCGCCCGCCUCGUUCACCCCGUCCAUAAACCAGUCCGCGGCAAUGAAGCCUGCGGGGCAGCGCAUCCAUCUGAGAGGGCCAUAAAGAUCAGACGGACUGACGGCCCUCUCAUUAGAGAUGAGGAUUGGAGGAAAACGAGGAGUAGCUAGAUUGUUGUUUUUCUUUAAAAUUACACACUCACACACUUGCAAUAGUGAACACUCAACACACCCGUCUUUGAAUGCAUCAUCCAGGUACAUCCCAGCUGCUCUCAUGUGGCUCCGGGGGCUUGGACACUGCCAAACCAACAUAUACUUAACUCGCUUGAUGAAACAUUACGCCGCCUUUUUUCUUUUUCCGUAGUCAGUGUGUUAAAACCAUAACGUCACUUUAGGUGAGGAGGUAGUUCAGUGGGGGGAAUUUAAAUAUCCAUGUAUUCAGUUGUUAGUGCUUUACCGGCUUUCGAAAUCAAAUACUCAACUUCUUUUCUUUGUUUUUCAAUGUUUCUCAUACACGGAACAUGAGAAACCAUCAUCUGCCGCAGUCAGUUUAAGUAAUCUAUGUGAAGAAAACAACAACAUAAAACAAAUCUGCAGGAGAGAGACUGUACGGAUUGACCUCCAGCAUAGCUGACAAUCGAACCCAGGGCUCGGACGCUGGGUGUUUCGGUGCACCCAUGGGACCUCGGUCAGCGGGUGCUGCUGCAGCUCUCAGGCUCUCCUCCAGUGGGUGUUUGCAUCUCUCACCUUCACUGAGACGCCUGCCGCCUCCGCAGGCCAUCUGACAGAAAUGCGCAGCGACACUUUCUUCCCUUUUUUUCUACUUAGAGGACAAUUCUUAUUGUUGUUAUUACAAAGAAUGACACUUUGUUCUUUUCUCUCUUAGAGAAAAUGUCUUAAAAGUCACUGAAUUGUGUUCAAGAAAAAAAAAACUGAAAAUCUAAGAUGACUUCAACAGAAUGUGUGGGAUGAGAAGGGGAGCGUUGUUGGUCUUUUAAUCCCCAUGUGCACCGGCUCUGCUUCUGCAGUCUGUGAGCAACCAGUGGAUGAACAAAUAAAACAGAACUCUCAGAAAAGGGAUUUGUAUUUUCUUUGUUUUUUUUGGACUAAAAUAAAAGCAGAGAGCAGAGUGGUCUUCGGUUUUUUUGUGCUGCUUUUCUUCCUGCGAUUCACUCCAGCUGAAAAACAAAACCCUUGCGUGACCCUUUGUGGUCUCGCACUCUACCGGAGUCGGCGGAGGACUCGCUAAGAACUGGGAACCUGUUUUUUCUUUGCUUUUUGUUGAUUCUGAGAGUCAUCCUGGAGCGCUUUCACAGACUCUGAGAUCUCAUCUCCCCGGCAGCACUGCAGGGCAUAAAUGGAGGCUGAAGAGCUGCUUUUUGGUUACUCAUGUGGGACUUAAGACGCCAACCGCCCUUUGUGUGGUGGUGCCGAACAGACACGGUCACGUCGGCCCGGUCAAAUUUGCCUGUUUCGUAUCCAUUGACUGCACUGACUUUUUUUCAAUGUUAUCUGUGCUUUUUUUUCCUACAGCUAAAAAAGAAACACAAAGAAAAAAAACUCAUAAAAAGACUUGAAAAAAUAUGAUACAUAAAAAACUAUUCUGUCUCGCGUUACACAUUGUAUACAGAACAAGCACACAUACUCCAUCAACACACACACACACACACACACACACACACACACACACACACACACACACACUGCAGACUUACACUGCAAUUUCUUUGCUCCUCUUGAGAUAAGACUAAUAAGAUUUAGGAAAAUAAUGAUUUAACUAAAGAACAGAGUUGGAAAACAAAACACUGCAUGGCAGGCUUUAUUGCAAACACACAUACACACGCACUCACACUCUUCCUGGAAUUAUGUGUUCUGCUCCCAGAUCUUUUUUCACAGUAGGAAUUUAGCAACUGUUGUUAAGUAGAAGAAUGUCUUAGCUCUCGGCUGGAGGUAACAAACGACUUCAAUCCUUUUGAAGUGAGAAAUCAGCUUGUUCUCAGUUCCAACAAUCACCCACAUAUCCCUCGCUACAGUUUGUGCCUCUCAUUUAAUAAGCGUUUUUACUUCAGAGACUCUGGUAACAUUGUUUGGUUACAAUUGAGGCUAUAAGCCACUGUUUUCAUCUAAAUCAAAAUAAGUAAAAUAAUUGCAAAGCGUGUCAAUAAUCCUCAAAUGCCUUUCUAUCCUGCCUCUCAUGUACAGUGAAUUUGAAUGUCUUGGCCCAAACAAAGAUCGCAACCAGAAGCAUUACCACAUCUGGUUUCUUAAAGAUCUGGUUAAUCAGCUGUUCAAUCAUUGCAAGUCCAAAAAAAGAGAAAUCGACGAGUUAAUUAACCUGGAAAUAAUAUAUCAUAUAAUAUAUAUUUUGUUGUUGGUGGGUUGAGUCUUAUGGUCCAGUUACAACCAGCAAUAAUGAUGGUGAUGCUUUGCACAGAAUUCCCUUCAUUGAACAGAAUCGUCACAGAAGUCAAAUCUCUGCCAAAUUUAAUGCACACUAAUUAGGGAAAUAAAGAAGUAAAUAGAACUGCUGCUGAAACUAAUACAGCUAGCAAACUAGCUAUCCCCUUCUUGUUGUGACCAAGUGCUUUGAGGUUUAUGGGCAUGUCUUAAAAAAAACCCAAAUUUUUGUCACUUUUUUCCGUGACCUGAAUGUAAUCACUACUCUUAAAUGUAAAAAAACAAACGACACAUGAGAGACGAAAACUGUGGCGAGCUCACAUCCACCACACCUGCUUCCUUUGCUUCAUGGUUGCAGAAAAAAUAAACUUGCCUUGCAAUCAGGGCAUUACUGAUACCACCAACAUCAACACCAACACUGACACCGCUGCUCCAUCCACCCACCACCACCUAUAUGCCCCGUAGCACAUGAAAACAGUCUAAUACUCGCUGCUGCUGACUGUUGCAGCUGGGUGAAGGUGCAGGGUUCCUGAAGCUGGCGGGGGAUUUCACAUCCCAGGUGCCCAGUCAUCGUGCCAGUUGGCCUUGCCAGCCUUCAUUAGGUGAAACAGUAAAAACACUCCCCUUCGAGGGGGUUUAUGGUGCAGCUUUGAACAAUCAAUACCAAAAACCUCCAGCGUGGAACUGCCCUUUAGCCACGGGCAGAGUCUCCCCGGGUCAGGAGAGAUCAGCGGGAGACCGCCUCCGUAUGAGGCCUCUGUUUCCAGCGGCAGCUUUCUCUACUAACUCUCUGUUUCUGCUAAAUAUGACGUAAAGCAACCCACGUUUGAGAUGAAUCCAGCGUUUCACUUUUGAUUUCAUUUCAUUGUUUGGUUUCUGUUACAAAAGCUAUAUUGAUGGUUGUUGUCUUCAGCUUGGAUGAUGCAAAGUCAUGCCAAAAUGUUGAGACAUGCAAUGAGAUGUAGAAGGAGCCCUCCUAUACAGGAAGUACAAUCAUAGAGGGAUGGGGAUCGUAGCACUUUUGUGAGGCUUUUGAUGGCAUGAAUGUGUGUGUGCGUGUGUGUGUGUGUGUGUGUGUGUGUGUGUGUGUGUGUGUGUGUGCGUGCGUCUGCGUGUGUGUGUGUGUGUGUGUGUGUCCAUUAGGCAUACUGGGAGGGAAGCAGUGAUUCAGCAAAAUGGUUGAUAACAGAUCUUUAACUGCUGAACAUGUGUGGGAGAAAUGUUGGUUGAUACAUUUGAUGUUUGAAAAUGCUUUUAAUCCAAGCAACAGCUGACAAUGUGUUUGUUAGGUUUUUGUUCAGACCCUUCAUUCGUUCAUACAUUCAUUCAUUCAUACAUACAUACAUACAAGUCAUGGAGCUCGAUGAGUUGAGAUGAAAACUUGCACUUCAUAUUAAAACGCUCUCAAAUCAGACUCCUCUCUGCCAGAUUAGUUUAAAUUACAUUUGCAGCUCAAUAUUUUCUGUGUUUCUUUUUCUCCUUUUUCAAGAAUCAAAAAAGAUUUAUCAGCGUUUGUUCUGAGUAAUGAAAGUCUGGUGGGGGAAAAGAAACAAUAAUAUAAAUAUCUGGAUUUAAAUCAGAUCUUAAAAAUACCAUUUGCAGCAAAAACACUGAAGUUCAACCAUUUUAUAGUUGUGCUCUUAAAACCACAAGAGGACAUACUUUACAGGAAACUGAGGAGACCUGACUGUCUAUGUGCCGUAGGAACCUUUUUCAUGUAUCAGGACUGAAAACUGAAAUUGAAUAUUGGUUUAAAUUGAUUGAAAAUUGCUAAACAAUGGAAAUGAUGAGCAUUAAGUACACUUCUAAAGGAACGUGUCAAUUUCAGCACAUUACCGUGUUGUUUUUAGCGAUAACGCGUUGAGUAAAUGUGCCCCAAGCUACAUAGACAUACCAAGUUGUGCUGGCCAGCAUGCAACAAAUACAACUCAUAGUUCCUCUCCUCUUUUAAUUGAGAUCUUCUUUGACACCCAACAUAUCUCAAAGUCACUUCAGAUACAGUUUCACAUUUCGUUUCCUUUGUGUUGAAGCAGGUUUCUCUGUCACAGUGUUGCUCCGGGUCUCCUGUCGUCUCUCAGGCUCCUACAGGCCGACGAGCAGCUGUCCCACAGCUCUGAUUAGCAUUAGCACUCCCGGGUCCUCUUCUCUAGUUGCAGUUCAGCUAAUGAGAUAGCUCUGGGUCACAAGGAAACUGAGUGGUCUGGAGAAAAAAAACAACAGGGACCUUGAGCCGGACCGAUUCCAGCGCUGCGUACCCAGCGGACAGAUUCGAUGUGAAACAAACAGAAGAUCCCGUUAGCAUCAAGAAAUGGCAGGAGACAGUGAGAUAUUUGUCAAAGAGACUAAACUGUGAUGAAAAAAAAAAAGCAUUUUAACAUGAAUCUCCAAAUCAUUAAAUCAGCGCUUGCAUUUUAUCUCAUGGAUUAUAGAUAAAAUAAAUGACCAUUCAUCUGCAAACGGCCCUACAGAUAUUUAAUCCACUCUGUUUCCCUCCAACCUUCUUCCUUCACAGUUAAAGUGCCAUUCUUGUUUCCCUCCAUCCCUCCAUCCUCACCCCAUCUCUCCCUCUCUGUCCACAGCAGUUGUCCAUGCACUAUCAGCCGCAGGAAUGCUGAUUGCACACUUUACUCAUUUUGCCCAAAGAUUUGCAUAUUUGCAAGUUAACUGCUGUGAAUGUAGUAGACGUAGAGGAAAAGGAGCCGAGAGACAGAGAUGCUGAAAAGGAGUGUUGGAUGGAAGGUGGAGGAGAGGGAUUGUUUUUCUUACAUGAUCGUCCCAUUAAAUCCUAAUUACCGGUAUGCUCCGACUCUUCAUGCUUCAUAACGUUCUCAGUCUAUUGUCUACUGUCAGCUGGAGCCGAACUCAUGGUUCGCAAAUGUAAAAUAAUGUUCUCAUGGUCUUAUAGGCAGGAGUGCAGAAGCUUUAGCUUUUUAGCACACUGCAAAUAGUAAUGUCAUAUUUCAAAGUCACAGGUGGGCUGCAGUCUGUGGAAAUGUUAAACUGUUGACUAUGUAAACAAAUGUUACAUCACCAGUUGUGAACAAGUUUACCAUUCCCAUACAUCAAAUGGUUAAAGUACAGUGGAAGUCCAGAGGGAAAGUUCUUCCCUUUGGGAUUUACUAAAGGCGCUUUCACACUGACGGGUUUGUCCCAAUCUGGGAUUGGUUUACCUAAAAAUAUAAAGUUUCUUUCCAAAUUCACUUAAAUGAGUUCGUCUGAAAUCAGAGCCUAGACGAACGGUAGUAUGUGUGCAGUUAGAAAACAGUUUGUACCCCACAAGGAAAAAAUGAUAUUCAUGUCAAGACAACGUCAUUCUUGCAGAAUUCGGAUCCAAAACCAUCCAAACCAUCCAAACCCAGUGUGAAACAGCCUUUUGACAUCGUCUUUGACCACAGCCAGUUGUUUGGACACAGUCCUUUUGAGGAACCAGGCUUCAGUUUCCACAGUUUUUUACCAUAUCACCCUGAAGAAGGAUUGUCACUUCUGGCAGCUUUUGUAAAUAGCGUGAGAUCUUACACACGGACCGCUCUAGUGCGAAACUAUGUGGCAACGGCACCGUCUCAGACAUUUCAGCGUUUCUAUAGAUCUGCUUUAGUUCACACGAACAUUGCACUACAUCAUCAUACUUAGCUAUCGCACUCUCCAUGUGCACGCACUGCUAGCUUAGUCUGUUGGAGCACUCUGUCAAAUAUCCACUUAACAUUUGUUACACGUCCAGGAUGCACUUUGCCACCAAGAACCAUUUACUACAGGUCCACUCGCGAUAGAUCAGAGUGACAUGUUGACUUAAAGCUCCAGUGAAAUGCCUUUUUCAUUAUCUUAUUCUGGAGGAAUAUGUUGUACUUCACACACAUUCAGUCAUGCUGUGACUUGGUUGAACUUUCUUGGUAUCAGUGGCAUCCCGGGGUGACUCUGUCUGUCUGUAACUACUGUGUUUGUCCAUGCUUGAUGUGUCAGUAUAUAAGAGAUUCACAGAUCUUUACCCCUUCCCUUUUGUCUGUAUAUUUCGCUCAUCCCCACCAAACUCUCUCUCAAUUUCCACCAGAACCACAAGCAGUCAGAGCCCUCUGGGGCCGAACACACUCAUAGUCUUCACAUAUCCAGCUGUACUGGGAAGUGUUCUCAAGAGAUAUGCAGCAUUGGGAGCUCUUGGCAGUUCUUUGGUGAGACUGCAAUAAGUUCUCCACCUUACCAGCUAAAUGUCUGGUCGGUCCGUACAGUUUAAGUUCAGUCGACCCAUCCUUGUAGGAGCUUUUCCAUCUGUCAGUGUAAUUGCUCAGUUAGACUCUAAUGCCUGAUGCUUUCUUGUAGGUACUUGUGGAACUACUUUAAGGAGUUUGUCCAGUUGGUGCGACCCCUCUAAGUAUGUGCAAAAAGGAUUGGUAUCAAAAAUGUUCUGCUUGUCUCUGGUACAUAGCUCCAUCAAACAGUACAGUAUCGUAUCUAAGGACAUUGGAAUAUGGAAAUUGGCAUCACUGUUAAUUUGGUUCAAUUCCUGUGCAAACAGAACAAGCUGUGCUUAAACUCUCACAGGAUCAAAGAAUCCUGCCUUGGAGAAUGUGUUAUUUCUGUCACAUAUUUUUUCAAUUUUUACAAGUCUAGAAAAUAUUCAUACAUGUGUUGCUGACUUACCAUCUGCCCACCCUGCUACAAGUUAAAACUUGUUCUGGGGUGAAGCAAGAUAAUCUAUUUCAGUCCCCGAUUUUACGUUCCUCUACGCACCUGGAUCUUUUAUACAGAUUUAGAGAGAUUACUUUUUUAUUUAAUUGAGACUCAGUCAUGGGACAAACAAUGACUUUCCAACAGGUAACAAUUACGAUAAAGUUAUUGUGUACCAUUAGGUGUUGGUGACAGGUGCGUGGGAUCAAAAACGCAUGACUGUGUAGAAACCAAAGAAUCACUCAGUCAACGUUUCGAUCCUUUCAUAAGCGAUCGACAGGACUCUUUAGUUUCUUCCUAAAUUUCCUGGAUUUGUUUCCAAUGUGGGUCUUAUUGUUAUACUUUUGCUCAUUAUACAUGUUGCUGCUCAACAGCUGCUUUUCAGAUAUAUAGGACACGAUGGAGAAGACACAAGUCACCUUUAAAUGUUUCCUUCAAGUGCCAAAGGUACCUACAACCAAACAAAAGGUUGUCACUAAUUUUGGUUUAACUUGAGGUUUUAGAAAAUAUGCAUAAUGCUCAUCCCUCUUAGCCGAGGGAACGUUGUUGCAAAGCUGUAUUCCAUCCAAAAUCUCUGCAAUGCAUCUGGUGAGUAACAUAUUAUUGGAAUGAUAAUAAGACCCACGUUAAAAGGAAAAAGUGAUUUACAGACAAUAAGCAUUAGCACACACAAACACUUGGCAGAGACAGAAUGAUUUUCAUGCCAAUCUUCAUGCCACAUGUUGGGGUAAAAGUGAACAAUCGAGUGUGGUCAUUUAGAGACAGCUGUGUUUUAUCACCUUUAUAUCACCACAGUGAACUCAAACCAUAACCGCUAACGGAUCACAACGAUGUAUUUCCUGGGAUGAGUCGACAUGUAGAGAAAUGAGAAGACAGCAGGUGUGUUUUCACCAUCACAACAUCCCUGUCGCCCGUCCUGCAGGGGCUCUGUUACUCUGAUAGCUUUCAUAUCAACCUUUGAUCCAUAAACCUUCACUCCACACUCAUCCGCUCCUCUGUUGACUUUUUUUAUUUUUUUAUUUUUUUUGAGUUCUCUUGUUUUACUUACAAUUUUUUGCUGUACAAAGUGUUUAAAAUAUUAUUUGUAUUAUAUGAUGUUAGUAUGGUAAUGUUCUUUAUUAAGGAAGAAGAAAAUUUAUUUUUGUUACUGGUCUGUUUCAUAAUUCUUUUCUAAAUUGGUAUUGUAAGAUAUCUAUGCAAGAACUGUUAAGUGGAGCAUUUUUAUUUAAGAAUGUAAUAUGUGUAAUAAAUGGUAGAAUCUG